CCAGCGGCUCACAGCCCUGCCGCCGGGACCACCGGGGACCCUCGAAGCAGGUGGCCGGGGAGGAAAUGACUUCCCCUGACGCCCGGGCCGCCCUCAGUCUCCUGGACAGGUGCUCACAGGGCUUCAUGGUGUCCCAGGUUCUCUUCGCUGCCUGUGAGCUGGGAGUGUUUGACCUUCUCGCCGAGGCCCCGGAGCCCCUGGACGCGGCUACCGUGGCCAGACGUCUGGGCACCAGCUCCCGGGGCACAGAGCUGCUGCUGGACACCUGUGUGUCCCUUAAGCUCCUGCAAGUGCAGAUGACAAGCGGAAAAGCUCUAUAUGAAAACACGGAGCUCUCCAACACCUACCUGGUCAGGUCCAGCCCCAGGUCCCAGAGCAACAUGAUGCUCUACAUGGCCAGGACCACCUACCUGUGCUGGGCACACCUGGCCCAGGCUGUGAGGGAAGGGAAGAACCAGUAUGUGAAGGCAUUUGGGGUUCCCUCGGAACAGCUCUUUACCGCCAUCUACAGGUCCGAGGGCGAGCGGUUGCUGUUCAUGCGCGGCCUGCAGGACAUCUGGAGUGUGCAUGGGAGAAGCGUCUUGGCGGCCUUCGACCUGUCCCCGUUCCCUCGCGUCUGCGACCUCGGCGGUGAGUCUGUUCUCCAGAUGUUGCAGCUGCGUUUAAACUUCUGUGUGGGGAGCGUCCAAACCCUCGCCCUCACGGUCCUCAAUCAAGGUCAGGAGCGGCGCUCUCUGUGUCCACUUCUAGGCUGCUCUGGGGCCCUGGCCAAGGAGUGCGUUUCCCUGUACCCAGGAUGUCGGGUCACCGUGUUCGACAUCCCCGCCGUCAUUCAGGCAGCGAAGGCGCACUUCCUGGUCGCGGGGGAAGAACGCAUCAGCUUCCAGGAAGGAGAUUUCUUCGAGGACCCCCUUCCGGAGGCGGAUCUCUACGUCCUGGCCAGGGUCCUGCAUGAUUGGACCGAUGACCGGUGCUCAUACCUGCUGGCGAGAAUCCAUCGGGCCUGCCCGCCGGGUGGUGGUGUCCUGGUCAUUGAAAGCCUGCUGGACGCCGACGGGAGAGGACCUCUGACCACACAGCUCUACUCCCUCAACAUGCUGGUGCAGACCGAGGGCCGGGAGCGGACCCCCGCCCAGUACCGCGCGCUGCUGGCCGCCGCCGGCUUCCGGGACGUCCUGUGCCAGAGGACCGGGGGCACUUACGAUGCCGUCCUGGCCAGGAAGUGAUGCCCCCAGGUCUGCCUGGGCCAUCGGCAGCCAGACACGGUUACAGGCAGACGGCCUCCCUGAGGCUAAUCCUUCCUCGUGAUUAUCUGUCCGGCAACUUGCGUUUCUGGGGACUUAGACCUGGAAGUUUGUACCUUUCACCCCCUCCAUCCGUUCUGCUCACCCCCAUCCCGGGAACCACCCAUCUCUUCUCUGUGUCCGUGAGUUCGGGUCAGAGAGUGUGUCUGUGUGCGUUUCCAUGUAGAUUCCACGUAGCAGCAGGACCCCACGGUAUGAGUCUUUCGUGGCCAGAAUCAUUUCACUCAGCUUGGACACGGCUGUUUUUUCCUCUUCG